AUGCUACGGCUCUCGCUAGCUCACCCACCCGUCCCCCUCUGCCCCGGCCCCUCCCACGCCCCCUCAUGGCCGUGUUUCCCGCCGCGUUUUGCGGCUGCUGGCCCCUCGCCCUUUCUUCCGCCUGCUCUCGUAAGACCCUCUGCCUGCUGGUUUUGUUGUUUUGCCUUCGCCACGCUGCUAUCAGAGUCGCUGCCCUUUCUUCUUCCUGGUUCUGCUCGAGUUGGUCCGCCAUUUGGAGUUCCUCGUCCUCAGUUCCCCGCUCGUGCCGUCGCGCGUCAGCCUGACCUCCGUGUUGUCGCUGUUCCCCUGGAUCCGGCUGUGCUUGCAGGUCCUGCCGCGAUGACAGGCAAACGCCGCCGUUCCUCCCAUUCGGACCGCGAGGUUGGUUCUGCCGCUCCCAGCCCGUCGAGGGCCCAGGAAGGGCUGGCGCCAGUCCUGCUCCGAGGCGCCGCUGCGCUGGUCGAGCACGAGGGGGCCAGGACGCCCGCGCGGCGUCGUGAGCCGAUAUAUCGUUCUCCCCGCGGGCGGACUCACCCACACCCCCGGGCCCACGGUGGCUCGUUUCGUCGCCGCCGUCCGCCUCAUCCUGCACCCGCUAUCCAGCGGGAGAUUGUAGGCCCUCUCCUUCAACCGCAGCCGUCAUCCUUGCGCCUGGGUGCUUCGCCUGUGCAGUCGCCAGCCGUGUCGUCGCAGUCGUCGCGGCAGCUGACGUCUGGCGUCGCUGCGCCCCCUCCUCCGCUGUCGCCGGCUCUCCCUGCGCCGUCGGCCCCGCUCCCAGCUCCGCCACCCUCCUCACCUCCCCCCUUGGCGCCCCCUCCGUUGUCGUCGUCAGCCGGGGCACCCCUCGUGCCCCACCCCCCUUCUCAGCCUCCCUCCGCCUCUCUUCCUUCCGUCGAGCCUCCGCAGCGACAGCAUCCUCUCGUUCCGUCAGGGCCUGCCCCUGAAGCUCGCUUUCCUCCUCCUCGCGCCCGAUCUCUUGAGCUUCUUCCCGACGCUCCUGACCCCAAUGACGACGAGCGGUGGUGGAAUGGUGAGCUGUGGGAGUCUCCGCCUCAGCCCGCGACCUUGUGGGACCGGGAGUGGGACAUCCAGUCCGAUUUCAUGAAGAACGUUCUUCGCUGGGAGAAGCGCAUGGUGGCGGUUGGAGAGUGCAUGUCGCUUGUGGCGAUGGGUGUCGUUCGCGAGGCAGCGGCACAGGGUCUUUGGCGUCUCCUCCGUUUGCUCCUGGAGUCCGAGUUCCUUGACCUGGACGAGGGCCCUGGCGCGCGGGCUUUCCGGCAGGUCGCCAAGGCUGCCGAGGAGUCCCCCCUCCAGCUCGUCCCCGCCCUCGCUGUUUUGUUGCGUUGGAUCCGCCGGCGGUUUUACGUGUUGAACCGCGUGUAG